CUUAUAUUUUACUUUCUUCCUCAUUAAUUAACUGUAAAUUUUAAAGGAUUUUAUAUUAAUUUGUUUAUACCUUGCAUCACGGGAUCGAUUCUAUAUUUCUAUAUAUAGAUGCUCUAAGGCAUAUUCCUCUUCUCAUCAUCUGAUCAUAAGUAGAUUGCAAUCAAAGGAUUUAAAAGUCUACCACAUCAUCAUCAAUGGAGAUUCCUGCUCGUUUCCUGGUUGUUUCUCUCCUUCUCUCUUGCUUUGCAACUACCGGCUACGGUGUUACCUUCACUUCCCUUAAGAGAACUCUUGAAGUCACCGCUUCACCCAAAGAGGGGCAAGUUCUCAAGGCUGGAGAUGCAGAUAUUACAGUGACAUGGGGAUUAAACCGGACAAUCCAAGCUGGGACAGACUCGGCCUACAAGACCGUAAAAGUGAAACUAUGCUAUGCACCCAUCAGUCAAAAAGACCGUUCAUGGAGGAAAACAGUCGACGAAAUGAAAAAGGACAAGACUUGUCUCGUAAAGAUUGUGGCUAAGCCAUACACUGCAUCAAACAACUCCUUUACAUGGACUGUAGAGAGAGAUAUUCCUACUGGAACAUAUUUUGUGAGGGCCUAUGCGUUCAAUGCUCAAGAUGAAGAGGUAGCCUUUGGCCAGACCACAAAUGAUAAAAAAGAGACGAAUUUGUUCCAGAUCCAAGCAAUCACAGGUCGCCAUGCAUCGCUUGACAUUGCAUCUGUCUGCUUUUCUGCCUUUUCCAUAGUCGCUUUGGCUGGUUUCUUCUACAUGGAGAAGAGUAAGGGAAAGGCAGCCCAACAGAAAUGAGAUUGUCAAUAGGGGUGCGGAUUAUCGUCCGUGUUAUUACUCCUUGCAUGUUUAAAUACAGUAAAAAAUUUGUAAUUUUGUUUUUAAUAUGGUGGUGAACUACAUGACUUAUCCUAGGGAGUGCGGAUAAAUAUAUAUAAGAUGGUUGUAAGUCAAUGGGUUAAUGAUGUUUUUUUGUUUAAAAUGGAAACGAAGAUGCUCUUUUCAUUGUUUUGAAAAUGAAUGUCACUAUGUCAAGUAACACAUGUCUUCUUUCUUUACUACCUGAUAUCUUUUUCAAUGGUUACGAGUGUCCUCUCUGCACCUAUAGAGUGGGAUUUAAGUAUUUUAUAAAUCCAAAUUAUCUAAAAAGCUUGAUAUAAGUAAAAUCACCAACAAAUGUGUAACUCACGAGG